AUGGAAAACAUUGUAAAUGGAAAGUUAGGCAAAGAGGUAGCAAUAAGAAUGUUACUUUUGCAUGUUAGAGGUGCAGUUUCUUUUGAAGAUUUGCGUACUGUUAAUGGUACAGUUUUUAAUACAUUCCGAGAAGGAUGUUCUCAUUUAGGUCUGUUACAAGACGACGCUGAAUGGAGAAAUACAUUAACUGAGGCUGCUGCAACUCGGUUGCCAAAUCAAAUUCGACAGUUGUUUUCCAUUAUUUUGACUUUCUAUGAGUUUUUAGAUUAUGUCCCACAAAAUGAAGAGGAAGAUGUUCAGGUUUUAAUUGAUGAAGCAAAUAGGGUUAGACCAUUGUUAAAUGAUAAUCAGCGUCAAAUUGCUGAUGCUAUCCUUUCUGCUCUUAGUGAGCAACCUAACAAUGAAAACAAGCAGUCUAGAUUGUUUUUUAUGGAUGGCCCUGCAGGUUGUGGUAAAACAUUUACAUACAAUUAUUUAAUCGCUGAAACCAGCAGUAGACAUAUUAUAACUGCAACAGCUGCAUGGACAGGAAUAGCUGCAACUCUUUUAAAAAAAGGAUGUACACUUCAUGGUUUGUUCAAACUUCCUGUGCCGAUUUUGGAAAAUAGCACAUGCAAUGUAACUCCAAAUUCUAUACACGGAAAAUUCUUAAGGCAAGUUAGCCUUUAUUUACUAGAUGAGGCAUCCAUGUUACCUAAACAUGCUUUAAAUGCCAUUGAUAAGUUACUUCAAGACGUUUGCAUCAACAAGUUUCCUUUCGGUGGUAAAGUUAUUCUUAUGGUUGGGGAUUUUAGGCAAAUACUUCCGGUUGUAAAGAGAGGGCAACCAGCUGAUAUUGUUGAAGCCUGUAUAAAAUGUUCUCAACAUUGGCAAUAUGUUCAGCGAUAUUCAUUAACAGAAAAUAUGAGGGUUCAGGCCGAAGAAGAGGAAUUCUCUCAAUGGCUUUUAAAACUUGGUAGUGGAACAUUACCUUUAAAAGCAGAUGGUUCCUUUUGCGGGUGCAUUGAGAUUCCUGAGCAAUGCUUGCUUGGAGAAAAUGAAUCUUUAGUAGACAAGAUUUUUGGAGUUGCAGAAGAAGAUGAUUAUGCUAAACGUGCCAUUUUGACACCCAAUAAUGUUGAUUCUUUAGCAAUAAAUGAAGAAGUUUUGGACCGUUUACCAGGUGACGUUAAGGUUUAUUUAAGUGCUGAUACUAUUAAAACAGAUGAUCUUAACGAAAUCAAUAAUUUUCCUGUUGAGUUUUUAAACAGUCUUUCUCCAUCAGGAAUGCCUGUUCAUUGCCUAAAGCUAAAAAUUGGUGCUGUUAUAAUGUUACUUCGAAAUUUAGAUCUAAAAGCUGGACUUUGCAAUGGUACCCGAUUGAUAGUGCGUGCUCUACAAAAUAAUUACAUUGAUGAGCAAGUUCUAACAGGUGUUUCAGUUGGCAAGAGGGUAUUUGUCCCUCGGGUUCAGUUAACACAAUCUGAUUCAAAUUUACCUUUUACUCUUAAGCGUCGUCAAUUUCCUGUAAGAUUAGCAUACUCAAUGACCAUAAAUAAAAGUCAAGGUCAAACUUUUGACAAAGUUGGUAUUUAUCUCAAAAACCCUUGCUUUUCACAUGGUCAACUCUAUGUUGCAUGUUCAAGAACAAGAUCGUUUAAUACCUUAUUUUUUAAAAUUGAUGAACAUUCAUUACAAGGUAUGUCAUUUAACAAAUGCUACACAAACAAUGUUGUAUUUACCAAUGUACUAAAUCUAUAAAUAAUUAAUUUUUUACAAUUAAACUCCUCAUUUCUUAUAAAUAUUUUAACUGUAAUUUAAA